UUUUGCAUAUCUCAAUUUUUAGCUAAUUAAGAUAUAGUUAAAAAAUUUGAGAUAUUAGUGAAAAUGAGAAGGGAAACGAUAUUGAGGCUUUGGCCUCAACUAUUAUUUGCUUUCAUGUGUUGCCUUAUUUAUGAUUAUUCUAAGUCAAGUGCUAGUGCUUUAUUUGUUAAAGCCCCUCCUAAGUAUGUUACUUAUCCAUACUACCAUUACAUCCCGCGACACCCUAAGCAUAGAAGAUUCCCUCCCAAACCAACUCGUCCACCCUGUUCACCUCCACCUCCCCCACCUCCUCGUCGUUCACCUCCACCUCCCCCACCUUCUCGCCAUUCACCUCCACCUCCUCGCCAUUCACCUCCACCUCCUCGUCGUUCACCUCCACCUCCCCCACCUCCUCGCCGUUCACCUCCACCUCCUCGUCGUUCACCUCCACCACCUCCUCGUCGUUCACCUCCACCUCCCUCACCUAGUUUAUCUCCGCCUCCUCCUCCUCGUUCACCUCCACCACCCCCACCUAGUUUAUCCCCACCUCCUCCUCCCCCACCUGGUUUAUCUCCGCCACCUCCUCCCCGUUCACCUUCACCUCCCCCACCUGGUUUAUCUCCGCCACCUCCUCCCCAUUCACCUCCACCUCCUCCCCAUUCACCUCCACCUCCCCCACCUAGUUUAGCCUCGCCUCCUCCUCCCCCACCUGUUUUAUCCCCGCCACCUCCUCCUCGUUCACCUCCACCUCCUCCACCUAGUUUAUCACCGCCUCCUCCUACCCGUUCACCUCCACCUCCUCCACCUGCUUUAUCACCGCCUCCUCCUCUCCGUUCACCUCCACCUCCCCCACUUAGUUUAUCCCCGCCACCUCCUUCCCGUUCACCUCCACCUCCCCCACCUAGUUUAUCCCCGCCACCUCCUCCUCGUUCACCUCCACCUCCCCCACCUAGUUUAUCAUCGCCUCCUCCUCCCCCACCUGGUUUAUCCCCGCCACCUCCUACUCGUUCACCUCCACCUCCUCCACCUGGUUUAUCGCCGCCUCCUCCUACCCGUUCACCUCCACCUCCCCCACCUAGUUUAUCCCCGCCUCCUCCUCCCCGUUCACAUCCACCUCCCCCACCUGGUUUAUCCCCACCACCUCCUCCUCGUUCACCUUCACCUCCACCACUCGGUUUUUCCCCUCCACCUCCCCCUCGUUCACCUCCACCUCCCCCACGUCGUCCUAAUUCACGUCUACCUCCCUAAUUCAAUUCACCCACCCAAUUAACCACCUCCUCUGCUUUGUUUGCACAAGCAAAAAAUUGUCCGAAUGUGAACACUUUUCCUCCACCUUAUAAAUAUUAUUAAAUAUCUAUAUAUUUAUACUAUUAUGACUUAUUCAAUACUUUUGAAUAAUAUACUGCAAUAAAACAUAUACCAUGUACUCUCGUAUAUUUGUAACACAAUAAGUUUCAACUAUCAACUCUAUGAUAGAGAAAUUUCAUAUGGCAAUGGAAUUAUAGUGUACUGUAUGUUUAAUUAUAUAUAAUAAUACAUAAGAUAAAUUAAUGUUUGACAAGUCUAUUACAUAUUUUGUAUUACGU